AUGCCAAAACUCAAAACUUCUGAAAAAUUGGUUCAAAAAAAAUUAUCUGGAAUAUUCACUUCUACUAAAAGAGAUAAGGCUGAAAAAGAUAAAGAUAAACCAAAAAAGAAUCAAAAUAUUGAAAAAAGUAAGAGAGAAGGACCUACUGUCGUUGUUAAUGAAGAAAUCCCCGCGACUUCAAUUUUUGUUGAACAAAAAAACCAUGUUUUAGACCGUCAGAGCAUAUCAGAAUUAGACGAAUCUGAAAAUGAAGCAUUUGAUCGAGACGAUUUAAUAAACGAAGACGAUGUUCCUCGUGAGGCUUCUAUUGAUUUUAUUGAUUUGGAAAGUGAUCCAGAAGAAUCAUUGAGAGAUAUAGAAAUUCGGUCAAAGCUCACGUUUCAUAAUGAUGUUUAUAACCCAAUGGAAAGUCUUCUUCACGCGUUUGAUCUUAAUUAUAAAUUUGGUUCUUGUGUUGGAUUAACAAGGUUAGAACGUUGGGAGAGAGCUCAAAACCUUGGUUUAAAUCCGCCUGAAGAAGUUAAAAAUGCGCUGACUUCCGAAGUUAUAAGACAAAAUUUAAAGCUAAAUGAAUGCGUCUUUUAUGGAAGAGUUUGA